GCUAAGUUCUAUAACAGGAAGUACACUCAACUCAUACCCUGGCGUAUUUCUCGGAAUCGGGGAAAAUUCCCUCAGAGCAGCCAACGUCAGUUCAAAAAGAACCCUUGCGACCCUGUGGAGGUUUAUCGCUUUAACGAAGCCAAAAUCUGCUCGAAGUUAUGGAUAGAAGGCCUAGAACAUACGGAAAAAAAGCCCUUGAGCUAUUUUCUGUGAUCUGCAAAAAUGGUGGCGAGAUUGAGUUGGGGUUUGCAGUAUCAAGGCUUAGACCACAAACCCGGCAAUAUUUAAAGCAGAUUGGCGCUUUGAAAUUUGUACGAAAUCAAGGAGACCUUUUUAAGGUAACUACCCAAGACCAAGGAAGAGUUUUAAUAGAAGUUUGCUUGUCUCUGAAAUUCUGUCCCAAGGCAAAAGAGCGACAAGGUUGUAAGGAUCUAAAUUGUGGAAUGUUGCAUGUUUGUCCAUAUUAUAUCAAGGGGAAAUGUGCUCAUGGGCAAAAAUGCCGUCUUUCCCAUAAGAUACAAAGUUCAAGUCUACAGAACUUUUUUCCUGUUAGUAUUGAAGGUUAUGACAAUGAGACUCUUAUAAAACUGAUGCAGAAAGCAGUUGAUGACACAGAAAGUGAAAGAGCGGCAGCCAACAAUCCUAUUCCAGACAUCUGCAAGUUCUAUAAUAACGCUUUAGGCUGCAGUAAAAAGGACAAAUGUCCUUUCCUACAUGUCUGCCAGCAUUUUGUUGACGGGAAGUGCAAGUUUGGAGACACUUGCAAAAGGGUGCAUCACUUCAAAGAGCAGCACAAUCUUGAAGUAUUAUCAAAUCAUCAGCUGGAAAGAUUUGAUUUACCAAUGAUUCUUCAUAUUUUGAGUGGCCGUGAGAGAAAACGCUCGACAAGCUCAAGCUCAGACACUAGUGAUACUACUGCCUCAACACCAAGAAAGUCAAGAGCUAAUGGGGUCGCUCCAAUCCCUAAAUCACCAAAUGGUGCUGCUACCAGCAAUAGCUCCUCUGCGGCACCUUGCAUCAAAAACAAGGAAGAUGCAGAGAUAUGUGGCUUUUACUUAAGAGGUUGCUGUAACUAUGGCAACAACUGCAUGAAUCACCAUACAAAACUUCCCUACCUUUGGCAAUGGAGGGGUACAGGGGGAUCAUGGGAAAGUCUGCCUUCUGAUAUGAAUGUGAUGGUUGAGAGGUCAUAUUGUCAAUUGUCUGAAGGAGAGCAGUAUCCAAUUAGCAUUGAUGGUGAAAUGUACUCCAUUGUCUACAAAGACAUGACGGCUGUUCCUAGGCAUCCAGGCCCAUAUGUACCUAAGUUAGAGCUGCGACGUCUUUCCACUGCAUCAUCAGUUGAGGCUCCUCCAGGACAUGUGUACAGCACUCGAUGGGUGUGGUACUGGAUGGAUGAGAAUGGCAAAUGGCAGUCAUAUGACAGUCCAGAAAAUGGCAAGGCACCCAGCACCACAUGCAGCAAGGCUCUAGAGAAGGGUUUUCUGGCAGGUGAAGGUACCCAUGACUUUAGUGCUGGAAUGUUCAAAUAUACUUUGCACUUUGAUAAAUUGUAUCAAAAGAACAACACAACAGGAAAUAAGAGACCAGUUAGACGUAUACCAGAAUUUGUUGCAGAGAAUGACAUGAAGGAAAUUGCUAAAAGACGCAAAGCUGCUGCUGCUGCUGCUGCUGCUGCCUCUGAAUCUUCAUCUGGGGGACCUAGUUCCACUGUCCUACCAAAGCACUGGGACCCCAUACCAGAUGAUAAGGACUUCAUCUGUGUACAACUUUCAUCAACCUCUCCAGAAUACAAGAAGAUUGAGGCACAAUUUUUAAGCAGCUUGGACACCAGUAGGAGAAUUGUCAAGAUAGAGAGAAUCCAGAACCCGGAUUUGUGGAUGCAGUUUGCUCAAAAAAAAGAACGCAUGGAGAAGAAGUCAAAAUGCAUUCCAGAAGAACGCUCCUUGUUCCAUGGCACAGCAAGUGAUAUUGUGACUGCCAUAUGCCAGCAGGGCUUCGACUGGCGCCUUUGUGGCAAACAUGGCACUGCGUAUGGUAAAGGAAGCUACUUCGCCUCUACUGCGGCUUACUCACAUCGCUACAGCAGUAGUAAUUCCCUUUAUAGCAAUAGAGCAUCUCAACAGAUGUUUGUGGCAAAAGUCCUUGUUGGAUCAUACACUGUUGGAAGCUCAAGCUAUACCCGCCCUCCAGCCAAAGAUCCGGCCAAACCUCAUGGCGAAUUAUACGACUCAUGCGUAAACGACGAGCAAAACCCAGGCAUUUUUGUAGUUUUUGACAACAGCCAAGUCUACCCAGAGUUCCUCAUUUCAUACCUGUAGCUCCGGUAUGUUACUUAUUCCUUUAAAAGAAAACAACCUCAAUUGCACAUCUACUUAGAUAUUUUUUUCCGGUCCUAAGGGUUUAAACUCUAAUUAUUCAUUCUAUCAAGCGCAUGACAAUGGGAAUGUAAAAAAAAAAAAAAAUGAAACAAAGAAAUACCAAGGCUCUGGUUCAGAGCUAUUUUCUCGCUUCGGUUAGGAAAUAAUUUAGCAUGCUUUAAAAUAAAGAGGAUUAGUUUUCCUUA